CCCGCCAACUUUGUAGCGCAGUUCGGCCUGCCCUUGGGGAACGGGGAGGGAACGGGAGAGGCUUUUCUCGGGCACCAUCAAAGAAGAAGUUGUAUUUUCCCGAGCACGAUGCUCCCAGACCCUGGGGUGUGUCCCUCUCAGGCAAAGGGCGGUGCCCCUAGACGUGUCCCCGAGUCAUUCCGCCGCAGGAUGCCGGUGUCUGCCCGCUUAGCGGGAGUGGGCCUGCUGAUAGCCUUUCUUAGCACCCUCGGCAGCGCUGUACGGGCCCCAGGUUUGAGCAUGGCAGAAGGGGACACCUUGAUAUCAGUGGAUUAUGAGAUUUUUGGAAAGGUGCAAGGGGUGUUUUUCCGCAAGUACACCCAGGCCGAGAGUAAAAAAUUGGGAUUGGUAGGCUGGGUCCAGAACACUGACCGGGGCACAGUGCAAGGACAAUUGCAAGGUCCCAUCUCCAAAGUGCGUCAUAUGCAAGAAUGGCUUGAGACAAAAGGAAGUCCCAAGUCACACAUUGACAGAGCAAACUUCAGCAAUGAGAAAGCCAUCAUCAAGUUGGAUUACUCAGAUUUCCAAAUUAUAAAGUAAUGGCUGAAUUUAGCAUUUCUCAGAUAAACUUAGUGGUUUUGUUUUUUAUUAAUAAAACUGUUAAUAGAACUAUUGGGUAUUGAAUUUAGAAUUUGCUGUUAAGUUAUUUUAGUAUCAGAUAUUUGAAUGUUACUGUAUAUUACAUGUCUUAUAUGAUGGAAAGAUUACAAUUGUACACAAUUUUAAUCAAUAAAAAUACAUUAGAAUCUCUU